AUGCGGAGACGUAAAGAAGUCCAGAAAAGAUGGCGGUCGAUACGCGAUUCGUACACCAAAGCUUACAGACAGGGCAAGUGUCCGCCCCCCGAGCAGCAGUGCCCGCCCGGCAGCAGGCGCUACCAGUACCACAGGCAGAUGUCCUUCUUGCUUCGUGCUUUGCAGAAUAAAAAACCCCGAUACUCCCAAGACAAAUACGAAUCUUUCUCCGAAGUAUCUAACUCCCCUCAACACCCGCCACCCGAAGACAUACCGCGUAUCAAACACGAACUGCCCGACAGACCACUGGACUUAAAAACCAAACCAGACCUACCAGACAAACCAGAAACACUAGACAAAUGCAACCAAGCAACCAUAGACACAGACAAAAAACUAGAAAUCAAAAUAGACGCUAAUUCAAUCCUCCCUGACGACCAUUUCGAUGAUGACAAACUGUUCAUGAACUCCUUACUGCCACUAUUUAAAAAAAUGGACGACGAUACAAGGUUACUAUGUCGUAUCGAGGUUUUGAAGAUUAUUAGAUAUGCGCUACAAGGUCACAAGUGUUUUGAAGCGUUAAAAAUGGCGGAAGAUAGUUUUUUUAAGAAUCGCAUGAGCGGUAUAUUGGCGAAGGAGGAAAUUGUGGACAGUUCGAUAUCGAAGUCGAAUGAAACUAAAUUGUCUAUGACUACACGGUCUGCUGAUGGCAGUCGGCCGGUGAGGAAACGGCGGGCCCGUUCCCCGUCACCUCUACCAAUGCCACCGAAAAGACGGGGUCCCGGCAGACCGAGAAAGGUGCGACCGCCGCCAUCGGAUUCAGAUGAGGAACAGCUCUCAAAGAAAAGGUUUCCAAAGUUGAAAGUGCCGCCGAUAGACGUGUCGCUGGCGGCGGAGGAGGACUCCUACAACAAGGCCACGAGUGUCGCCCAACUGUCCACGCCUUUGUUUAUGAAAAUGUACAACCUGGAACGAUCAAAAAUAGCUCCGGUGUCACCUCAGGGCCUGCAUGUGUCCAUCAAAACGGAGCCCGUAGACAAUUGUUCACAGUCAGCGUUGAGUCCCACA